AGCCAAGUCUCGCCCUCCGACAUUUACAAAUCCAUGCGCAGCCACAUUUGACAAGCCAUAUUUCUCAAGGCCGCCAUCCUCUUACUCCUUCCUCCCUUAUCGCACCCACACGUCUUACAUAUGAUGGCCUCCACAUCUGGCCAAAACGACACCUCAGCUGACGGAACCGUCUCGUCACGCGCCCGCCAUAAAUCGGCGGAAGAUAAGCCUCGGCCAUUCAUCGACCGGCCGUCGAGCUACUUGGCCAACCUAGAAGCAGCUUACAAGGCACAUGGGCCAAACUGGCUUGAGGCUGCCUACAAGCCCGUCCACGUCCCCUGGGAGCCGACAUGGUGGUUCUUUUAUGGCAAGCAAGCCGAGCCCAGGUUCGUGAAGAGCGUGCUUGGUCUCGGAAGUGGAGAGGAAAUUAUCCUGCGCCCGGCCUAUGUACGCGGAUACGCUAUAUUUCAAGUAGGCUCAUCCGAAGUUUUGGUGAGCGUGCCUGCAGACACAAACGUCGCUGGCCAGGCAUACUUUAUCAAGCGGGAGGAAGACGAGAAGCGACUGGAGAAUCUCGACCCCAACUUGUACAGGAAGGGAUCUUGCCUGGUGUGUUUUCCGGAGUGGAAGGUGGGGGACAAAGGGGUUCCUGCUCCCUCGGCAUACUUCCUGGCAUAUGCGCGGGACGACGCCAAGCUGAAGGCACAGAUUUCUGAUUCCGCUGGCGCUGCGCGAUAGAGGACAUGGGGGCCAAGGAUUUCGAGGGAGUCAACGAGGGAUCAACCAUAGGGGCAUCAAUUUUCUGUUACCAAGCCCCCACAUGUAUUUGUUGAUGGCUAGUGCUGGGUCCAGGGACGAAUAUGCUGAAGAAUCUGGUCCUGGACCAGUGGCCGGUAAUUUUAUUAUAAAACCAUGCAAUACUCUGUUGCGC